AUGGCUCCCUUGAUUUCUCCCCUCCUUUCGUUCUCUUCCCUUCUCGCCCUCGCAGCUGCAGCCUGCAUCUCCUCCGGCGACCAGACCGCCAUCAACAACGCGUUCCAGCAAGGUGGCGCCGGAACAGUCGUCCAGCUCUGCCCUGGAGCGGUCAUCUCCAUCUCGGAGUCGAUCAGCUUCACGGCCAAUGACCAGGAGAUCUCGACCGAGGGCUAUCCCACCGACGAGAUGCGCGCCACCAUCCAAGUGGCUUCGGGCAGCAAUGUCAGCACGCUGAUUUCGGGGAACUCGUUUGAUGGCAUUCGUAUCAAGAACAUCCAGCUGGAUGGGACGAGGCCUGUCAAUGGGAUGGUGGUUGGUGGCGGUGCCAAUAUCGAAAUCGGUGGUGCCAGCAACGGCCAGGUUGUCUCGAAUAUCGUGUCCAAAAACCCCCGCGGAUGGAGCUGUCUUCAUAUCAUCCAGUCUGGCGAUGACAGCAAGCCCUGCACCAAUGCUACUGUUUCUAAUAAUGAGAUCGGUCCCUGUGGUGAAGAGGGCACUAACGCAGCGGGUAAUGGUCAAUGGGCUGAUGGCAUUUCGUUUGCUUGUACCAACUCGAUCGUGUCGAAUAACACGAUCACCGGCAGCACUGACGGAGGAAUCGUCCUGUUCGGCGCUCCCGGCACCACCGUAACCGGCAAUACGAUCACUUCUUCCGCCACCAACAAAGGCUUUGGCGCCAUCAACAUGGUCGACAACCUGUACGGCGGCAGCUAUGCCAACGUCCUUGUGACUGACAACGUCAUCACCGGCCAAAAGCUCUUCAGCGUCGGCGUUUCCAUCGGCGCGUACGUCUGGUCCUUCAACGACCCGUUCUUCCUGUCUGGGCCGGCGACGAUCACAAACAACAGAUUUGCUGGCAAUAUCACGUUUCCGAUUGCCAUCAACGGGUGGACCGGUGGUCUUACGGAAAACUGUCAGGUCACCGGCAACGAUGUUUCUCAAGUCACCAAGCCCAGAUCCUUAUUCGCAGACGCCGUUACCUGCAGCGCUGAGAUCAAGACGCUGUUCAACGAAAACGCCGAUCUGGUAUACUAUCCUCCCGGCCUCACGGGGACCACCGACCUCCAGUCGGGAUUCGUCCAGGCGACACAGAACGCAACCAACUUCAUCUGCACGACCGGCCUCUUGCCCAGCGAGCAGACCUACGAAGCGAACGGACUCAAUAUCGUCUCCGACUCGGCCCCCUUUGCGACGCUGCACGGCGACAUCGUGAUGCAGUACCAGGGAGACAGCAAUGUCGUCGUGUACAACACGUCAACGGGGGACUACGUCCCCGUGUGGGCGUCGGGCCACACCGUGUCGCAAGGCUGCGGUAGCCCCAGCUUGUGUCAUCUGAGUUUCCAGGGUGAUGGGAACCUGGUGACGUACUAUAACAACACGCCGCUGUGGAGCACUGGCACGGCUGGGGUUGGGAAGACGAUGAAUUGCUUGAAUGCAGCGCCGUGGAUUGAGAUUCUGGAUGCUUCGGGGAAGGUGGUCUGGACCACGGCUGAUUCUAGUUAG